GGGGGAUUCUCUGAAGCAGUCGUAUAUCGACUGCGACACGGUGACUACGUUAGACAUACACCAGAUACGGCUUCGUUUCUCAGGCAAUUUUUGCAGCACAUCCCUUUGGCGCACAAACACGGCGCAAUCAGAAGGAAGCAAGCCAGCGAAGUAAAAAAAAGCCCAAAGAACCGAGGCUCGAGGCUCGACAAACAGUUUCCUGCAAAGUCGCAUGCCUCGGCACACGACAACCAGUCUACAUUGUACCCUUAACUUGGUCUUGACUUUUAAUCCCUUCCGAGGACGUCGGGACUUGUGACCUCUCGUCAACAAUCACGACUUCGAGGCCUCAACAGCUCCCUCGCUGACAUUUUGGCAAACAUGUCGCCGUAUAUCACGGGGCCAACGCCCCUGCGCAUCGUGCAGGAACCUCCCUUCACCGUUGAAGCCCCUGGCUAUCAGCCUGUCGACGGCGAAACCAUUCCACGCCGCCAUCCCAAGGCUAAGGAUGGCCUCAUUGAACGCCCUGCUCCUGAUGUCAACACCACCUUUGACCUGGUCAAGCGGAGCGCCGAACGCUAUGCCAACGAGCCCGCAGUUGGUAGCCGGAAGCUGCUCCAGACGCACAAGGAGGUCAAAAAGAUCCCCAAGCUCGUCGACGGCGAAACGACCUAUGUCGACAAGGAGUGGACCUACUACGAGCUCUCGGAUUACUCGUACAGGACCUACCAGGAGUACUUUACUAUGGUCCUGCAGAUUGGUGCCGGUUUGAGGAAGCUGGGGUUAUCUCCUCAAGACAGGCUGCACAUAUUCGCGACAACAAGUCCGGAAUGGCUCGCCAUGGCCCAUGCAUGCUCAUCUCAGUCCAUGACCAUUGUCACCGCCUACGACACGCUCGGCGAGAGUGGCGUCGAGCACUCGCUUGUGCAAAGCAAGGCCAAUGCCAUGUUUGUAGAUCCCCAUCUGUUCAAGACAAUUGCGAAGCCGCUCAAAAAGGCCCAAUCCGUCAAAACCCUCAUCUACAACCAGGCCACGCACUUGCCCGUAUCCGACGACGACCUCGAGAAAUUCAAGUCAUCUCAUCCGGAGCUUAGAGUCGUCUCGUUCGAAGAGCUGCGCGCCCUCGGCGAGGAGAACCCGACCGACCCGGUACCACCGGACCCCAAGGACACAUACUGCAUCAUGUACACUUCCGGGAGCACCGGCCCACCAAAGGGCGUCCCCGUGACGCACGCCGGGUUCGUCGCCGCCGUUGCGGGCCUCUACGCCGUCAUGGAAGAAGCCGUCUCGCACCGCGACUGCAUCCUCGCGUACCUCCCGCUGGCGCACAUCCUCGAGCUCGUGCUGGAGAACCUAGUCAUCUUUGCCGGCGCCACCCUGGGGUACGGCAGCCCGCGCACGCUCGCCGACCAGAGCAUGCGGAACUGCCACGGCGACAUGCGCGCUUUCGCGCCGACCAUCAUGGUGGGCGUGCCGCAGAUCUGGGAGACCAUCAAGAAGGGCAUCGAGACCAAGGUCAACUCGUCCGGCACGCUGACGCGCUCGCUCUUUUAUGCCGCCCUGCACCUCAAGUCCUUCCUCGUCAGCAACAACCUCCCCGGCCAGGGCCUCCUCGACACGCUCGUCUUCAACCAGGUCCGCGCCAUGACGGGCGGCCGGCUGCGCUUCAUCGUCAACGGCGCCAGCGGCAUCGCCACGCCGACCCUGCACUUCAUGAGCCUGGUGCUAGCCCCGAUGCUGAGCGGGUACGGGCUGACCGAGACGUGCGGCAACGGAGCGCUAGGAUGCCCAUUGCAAUGGACGUCGGACGCCAUCGGGCCCGUGCCGGCGGCAGUCGAGAUGAAGCUCGUGUCUCUGCCGGACCUCGGCUACAGCGUCAACGCAACCCCUCCACAAGGUGAAAUCCUCCUGCGCGGCAAGCCCGUCGUAACAGCCUACUUUGAGAACCCCGAAGAGACGGCCAAAGCCGUGACGCCCGACGGGUGGUUCCGCACGGGCGACAUUGGCGAGUUUGACGCGAAGGGACACGUGCGCGUCAUCGACCGCGUCAAGAACCUCGUCAAGCUCCAGGGCGGCGAGUACAUUGCCCUCGAGAAGCUAGAGGCCAUCUACAGGGGUUGCGGGUACGUGUCGAAUAUUGUUGUCCACGGCGACAGCGGUUACCCGCGCCCCGUCGCCGUCGUCGUGGCCAAUGAGAAAACACUUGGCGAAAAAGCACGCCGCUUGGGGGUUGAUGACAAGGACAAGGCCGCCAUGUACCGCGACAAGCGGGUCCGCGGGGAGGUGCUCAAGGAUUUGCAGGCUGUGGCUAGGAAGGAGGGGUUGAGCCCCAUGGAGACGGUGGCGGGUGUGGUGCUUUCUGACGAGGAGUGGACGCCGGCGAAUGGCCUUGUGACUGCAACGCAAAAGGUUAACAGGAGAGCAAUACGGGAGAAAUACGACAAAGAGAUCAAGGAAUGUUUGGAAGGGAAGUGAAAUCUCUUGAGCAUCACUGGGCUCACUUGGCUAGGCUCAUUGCAUCCUGUCUUGCAUUGUCGUGUCUGUUGGGGCAUACUAAAUAGGGAGUAAUGUACAUUUUUGAGCUACGGUGUUGGGUACGGACAUCUGCGAGUUUGUUUACAUCUCCUUCUGUCUGGAUGGGAGAACAAAAAUCAACCACUGUUGGCAUGAGUUGGACGGUAAAAUGACGAUAUGAUCAAUAGACAUGACAUCUUGCAAAAUGGUAUCUCAGCAAGAGUAUGUAUGUAUGUACAAGAGCAAU